AUGCCAACCUACCCUCACUUCCGUCUCCGACAUGUCCUAUUGCCAGGCUUGCCCUCACCUUGGGCACUACAAUCAUCGCAAAGAUCUGACCACUCGCAUCGUCCAAACAUCGCUAGAGCUCCUGCGCACAGUCCCGGAUCUCACCACAACUCCAUCCGUACUCCUGAUGACCUCCCAUUUCGAAUGAGUGAAGAUGGCGGUCCAUCUCAGACACAAACAACACAUCCUCCUCUCCGACCGUCAGUCUCUCGACCUCCAACUUUCUCGGUCUCGAGGAUCUCAAGUGCUAAUUCGGUACUCUUGCGUAGUACUCCAGCUUCGACUCCCCAGCGGGCUAGACAGACGGCCACUACCAACUCAUGCUCGUCCGCAUCAGCUUCACUUGGCCAUCAUAUUGAUCUGGAAUCCAGGUCUACCCCCAAACAUUUGUACAGAGGUGCUGCAGAGGCUCAAAAGGAAGUCAAAGGUGGAGACUGCGACAUCCUCACUACGAUCUUCAUCCAGGAGCCUUCCGUCUACUACAAAUGGACAUCCUACGGCCACUCCCUCCUCUAUCAUGAUCAGAACCCGAAACAGUCAGACACGCCAAACCCACCUUCUAAACAGCCUGUUCAGAGUUCGAGAACCUGUUUGCAAAGACUGUACAAGACACAUGGGAACAUGUCAUUUCUGCGAAUCGUGCUUCAAACGACACGUUGGCGUCCAUGCGCUUGCGAAACUUGCGAGAAGAAACAUAGAGGCGAGUGCGUAUUCUACAGAGCGCCGCCAAAGAGGCCAAUCUUCAGCAGUCGUCUUGGAGAAGCAGACGUGCUGCGCUUGAGAGAUACUCUCAAGGCCAAGAAGAAGUCGAGUCCGUCAUUCGAUACUGAAGCAGAGCCAGAGGAAAAGCCUAUGAGGCAGAAUUACACCAACGCAAAGACAAUUCCAGUUCCCGAGGCCACAGCUAGCUCCAAGCCUAUCGAAAACUUGUCCAAGGAUAUCAUCUCUUGCGCUUAUUGUCACAGGCAACACUCAUGGAACCACACUCGAUGCGAGUGCGGCAGAUGCCAUUUUCACAGACCUGAUCUUCCCCCACCACAAAAAUGCAGCAAGUGCAACAAAUGCCACCGGGAAGAGAAGUGCAAAGAUUUUGUGGAAGAAAGAGCAGCGGAGAACAAGCGCAAAGUGGUGCACAAGGAAGUCAAGACAGGAGAUCCAUCCAGAAGUCCUGACCUUGAUGACCAGCCUAAGAAGAAGUCGCGCAAGUACACAGGCGAGGGCACCGCUGGUGAUCCCAUGGCAAUCGAUUGA